AUGACGAGGGCACCAUGCUACGAACGGCGCGCAAACGCGAUAUGGGCCAUGCCUGCUGUUGCGCGCGUGGUGUCGACCGUAGAUGACUGCCGGGUAAACAAUCAACGAAACACGACUCGCAACGACAGGCUGGGGCGCAUCAGGGCUUCAUCAGGUCAGCCUGCUGACUCUGAGCUGUCCGUGGCGCACCCGCCGUGGAUGCAUCACGCGCGCGCACGCGGAUCCACGCUCGCCGACCCGCCUGUGCCCCAGCUCUUCAUCAAGGACGUGAAGAGCUCCAACGGCACGUUCAUCAACGGCGAGCGCCCCAGACCCGAGGGCGCCGAGUCCGAGCCUUUCGAGCUCAAGUCAUGGUGCGAAUUCGGCAUUGAUAUCGUUGGCGAGGACAACAAGACGAUCAUCCACCACAAGAUCGCUGCGCGCGUGGCGCAGGCAGGCCCCACCGCAUACGGUGUCGGCGCACUUCCUGCAGCGGGCAAGUUCAGCUUCGCGCCGGUCCAGCUGCCGAAUGCGCCCGGACAGCAGCGCCGCCCGUCGUUCCAGCAGGGCCUCAUUGGACUCGGCGACCGCGGCAGGAACAUGAACGUGCCUGGCAAGAGCGGGCUCACCCUUGACCACAUCCUGAGCCGCCUGCAGGGCGAGCUGCAGAAGAGCCGCAAUACGGGUGCCGAGCUGCACUCGCUGACGAGUGCGAUGAACGAGAUACAUGAUACCCUCGGUGGCAACCUACUGCCGAACCUCCCUCCGCAUCCUUCGAAUCUCCCACCAGUCAUGCCUCCUCAGUCGCAGCAGCAGCAGGAAGAAUCUGAACAACAACAGGCGCCACAGGCACCGUCACCAUCAGACUCGGACAAAAUUCGCUCCCUCGAGACGAUGCUCGCCGAGCACGAAGCGAUCAAGCGCGAAGUCGGCUCCCUGCGCGAGCUCAUGGAGGAAUGCAAGCGCGAGAUGGACACGUCUCGCGGACGCAGCGGCAGUCCCAGUGGACGUCGCCAAUACGGGCACGACGAUGAUUCGCAUUACAUGUCUGACGACGACGACAACGUACACAGUGUGUCGACGAUCGUUCCGCAUGAGCUCGACCGAGUCGACGAGGAGGACGAGGAGCAGCUGGCCACGGAGGAGAAGAGGAGCAGCGGAGGAGGCGGAGGGAAGAGCUGGGUCGCCCGUGCAUGCCAGAGCCAACGGGAACGGGUUCAGGUGCAGACAGAAGCAACCGAGCAACUAGCUGAGGCCAUGUGCUCGGAACAACCCCCCGACUCAGCAGCGCAGGAGGCCGAGCAGAGGACGCGGGAAUCGCUGACGGAAAUGGUGAACGAGUGGAAAAAGAACGAAGAGUGGACUGAGGAGCGGGAGGACCUGCGCCGUGCGAAAGACGAGUGGGAGACGCGCAUCCGGGUUGUCGAGGAUGGCGUCGGCAGCAACAUUUCGAAGGUCGAGUCGAUGCUCGGGACUCUAGCUGCGCUGCCUGCGCAACAACAUUCCUUUCUGAAUGGAAACGGAAAGCUUACCCACAGCGGCGGCCUCGUUACUCCCCCUAGCCCACGCAGCCUGUCAGCAGAGUCGACGCGCCCACGACAGAGGCGAAAACGCAGCAGCUCGUCAAGAGGCCGCUCGCGCUCGCGGUCUGCCUCCAUGGCUGCUGGCGUGGAGUGCUUGCCUUGGACUGCUGACGACUCGAGCAUCAGUGACACGGAAUCGCAUGCGGCCAGUGAUAGGGCGACAGCUGCAGGCGAGGAUGAGCCGACAAGGAGUCUCAAGGGUAUGCCGUUUCCGAUCACCCCGGAGUUGUCAGUUCUGAACCAUCCGCUUUCGUCCCCAGACGAUGCGUCUGGGACAGCAACCGACUCACAGACGCGGUCGCCGCCCAAAGACCUGUCACACUUCAAUCUAUCGGCAGCCGUAGGUCUGCUCAUUCUCAGCGUGGUCACCGGGGCAGUCUUAUGGCGGAUAAAACCCGAAGGUUCGGUUUCGGUAUAG